AUGUGUAGUCUCCUAGAGAAGGAGAUAAAAUUCGUAUUCGAUGAGCAAUGCAUUCAAGCUUUUGAAGCUUUGAAGAAGAAGUUGAUAGAAGCUCCAAUCCCGACUUCCCCAAAUUGGGAGCUUCCUUUUGAGUUGAUGUGUGACGCAAGUGAUGUGGCUGUAGGAGCAGUGUUAGGGAAAAGGAAAGAGAGGGAGUUUGACAUAGAGAUCAAGGACCAAAGAGGUUAUGAAAACCACAUUGCAGAUCACCUAUCAAGAUUGGAGAGUUCGUCACAUGUGGGAGAGCAAGGUCAGAUUCGGGAACAUUUUUUUGAUGAAAAACUAUUGGCGCUAGAGGAGACACAACUACCAUGGUAUGCAAAUAUUGUUAAUUAUUUGGUGAUUGGAUUGUUCCCACUGGGUGCAACCACACAUCAAAAGAAGAGGUUGAUUCAUGAUGCUCGAUUCUACAUAUGGAAUGAGCCUUAUCUCUUCAAGCAAGGGCCAGAACAAAGGAUGAGGAGGUGUGUCCUUGAGUCUGAGAUGAGACAAGUGAUGGAUAGUUUCCACUCGUCUACAUAUGAGGGUCAUCAUGGAGGGAUCAACUUCAUGGGACCAUUCCCUACAUCAAAUGGAAAUCAAUAUAUACUUGUGGUUGUGGACUAUGUGUCCAAGUGGGUUGAGGCAGCAAUUUUGCCUACUAAUGAUGCGAAAGUGGUGCUGAAGUUUCUGAAGAAGCAUAUCUUUACACGAUUUGGAACUCCAAGAGAAAUAAUCAGUGAUGGAGGGACACACUUCAUAAAUCAAUUGGUGAAGAAUGUCUUAGCUAAAUAUGGAGUCAGGCAGAAGGUAGCAAUAUCGUAUCACCCUCAAAAUAGUGGCCAGGUAGAACUAUCAAACCGGGAGGUGAAGUAG